AUGUCGAACUAUCCAAAGUACGGCGCUGCCAAUGAGACCACUGAACCACUUUUGGACCCCGCACUUGCUUCGUCAUCCAAUCCAAACGCCUAUUAUGCGCAGGGUGGUGGGGUAGCUGACUUUGAUUAUGGCGUCAGUGUCUGGGACUCCUCCCCUGAGAUCAAAAAUGCCUUCAUUCAAAAGGUAUACAGUAUCCUCUUCGUGCAGAUUCUGGGAACCUGCAUCGUUGCGGGCGCACUCUCUCAAAGCCGCGGUACCAUUGAAUGGGUUCAGGCCAAUCCUUGGGCAUUUUAUGUGCCUCUCUUUGCCACUUUGAUUAACCUUGGGUUCCUAUGGUACAAGAGACACAGCCACCCAACGAACUACAUUCUUUUGGGAACGUUUACCUUACUCGAAUCGUUUGCUAUCGGAGUGGCAAUUUCGUUCUUCGACACUGUAAUUGUCCUUCAAGCCCUACUUAUUACGCUUGGUGUCUUCCUUGGAUUGACCCUAUUUACAAUCCAAUCCAAGUACGAUUUCAGUGGGAUGGGCCCAUUCUUGUUUGCGGGGCUCCUGGUGAUGAUAUUCUCUGGGCUCGUAUCGCUGUUCCUCCCAUUCAAUCAAACAGCAGAUUUGAUCUACUCCAUAUGCGGAGCCCUACUCUUCAGUGGUUAUGUUGUUUAUGAUACAUAUGUUAUCACGAAGCGGCUCAGCCCUGAUGAGUACAUAAUGGGUGCAAUCUCCCUCUACCUUGACUUUAUCAACCUCUUCCUCUAUAUCCUCCGCGUGCUCAAUAACGUGAACCGCGACUAA